GGUUAUGCGUACGCACAUAAAGCGACCCCUAAUGAAAUUCAUGCCAACAACUCUUGGCAGGAAUAUGAAGGACGAUUCAAAACUCCAACGGUUUUAAAAUACGAUGACAAUAUGAAGCCUGAAAGUUGGGGCGCUCCAGCUUUAAUGGAAAGACCAUCAAGGAGAGGAAGAAACGUUAGUAAAAAACCUGCCGAAUUAUUUAAACUUCAUCUAGGAAAUGCGGAAAACAAACCUACACUUCCAUCCGGCCUUGAUUAUAAAACAGCAAUUACUGAUUAUUUACGUGAGAUAACAAAAUCUCUUAAAAAAACCUUGGAAACACGUUGGCCAAUGGUCGAUUUUUAUAACCAAGUUUGCAUUAUUAUGACGAUUCCCGCAGAGUUUGAUGCUACCGCAAUAUCUACAAUGCGAACUUGUGCUCACAAGGCUGGCUUGGUCGAACAAAAAGAUAGUCCUAAUUUAUUGUUUACGACUGAACCUGAGGCAGCUGCUAUACAUUGUAUGAAAGCUUUAAAAGAACAUGAUUUGGGUGUCGGAGAUUCAUUUAUGGUGGUUGAUUGUGGUGGAGGUACCGUUGACUUAACGACUCGAAAACUUUUGGCCGGUAAUAAAUUAAGCGAAAUCACUGAACGUGAAGGUGAUUUUUGCGGUGGGAGUUAUGUAGAUCAAGAAUUUCUCAAAUUUCUUGGUAGAAAAAUUGGUUCUUCUGCAAUAGAUUUAGUUAGACAAAAUUAUUAUGGUCAACUUCAAUAUAUGGUUCAAGAGUUUUGCAGAAGAGUUAAACUUCCAUUCACAGGAGACGAGAGAGAAUUUGAUACUUUUGAACUUGAUUUGGAGGAUACUUGCCCAGUUUUGAAACAAUAUGUGAGAGGUCAAGCUAAGGAAGAUAUGGAAGAAGCGGAAUGGGUAGUGAAUAUUGAAUUUGAAGAUGUUAAAGCGAUGUUCGAUCCUGUAGUUGGUAAAAUAAUCAGAUUAAUUCAUAGCCAACUAAAUAAAAGUGAAGAAGAUUGUUCUGUAAUGUUUCUGGUUGGCGGAUUCAGUGAAUCUAGAUAUCUACAAACUCGUAUUCGACAGGAAUUCAAUUCAAUGGUUAGAAACAUACCAGUUCCUCCCAAUCCAAUGGUUGCUAUUGUUAAAGGAGCUGUUCAGUUUGGUCUAACUCAAGAAGUAAUUGAUGAUCGAGUUCUAAAAUGGACUUACGGAACUCGAAUUGCAAGAGAUUGGGCCCCCGAUGAUCCACCAGAACGAAAGAGUGGCAAACUCAUUAUUGUCUUUGAACAAUUAGGUAAAAAGGGUGAGAGAGUAGCUGUAGAUCAAAAGGUUCUUCGUGUUUUUGCGCCUACCAGUAUUAUUCAGGAAUAUGCUAGUUUGGACCUUUAUACAACAUCUAAAGAUGACGCAAAAUUCUGUGAUGAACCUAAUGUUAACUUGCUUGAUACUUUUAGUUUUCAUGUUCCAAUAACUGGUGAUGAAAUACGUCCAAUUUUAUACGUUAUGAAUUUUGGAAUGGUUGAAAUUCAAGCUACUGCUGUUAAUUAA